AUGAUCAAAGGCAGAGCAGCUAGUUUAAUCAAAGGUCAUAAUCCAAGUUUUAAGGCGUCAAAUGGAUGGUUAGACAAGUUCAUGCUACGGUAUGGUUUGUCAAUGCGAAUAAAGAUUUCAGUUAGUCAGAAGCUGCCAGCCCAGCUUGAGAAGCGAAUAGAAUCAUUUUUCAUAAGGGUAAGAGCACUAAGAGCUAAGCAUCAGUAUCCAUUGGACCUCAUAAUAAAUAUGGAUGAAACUCCUUUGAUUUUUGACAUUGUUCCACAACAAACAAUCAGCAAAAAAGGUGUCAAGCAAGUGCCAACUCGGUCAUCAGGAGCAGAAAAAAGAAGAUUAACUGUUACUUUGUCAUGUACUGGUGAUGGUGAUAUGCUUCCCACUUUUGCAAUAUUUAAAGGCAAGAGAAAGCUCAAGUUUAUUUCUCUUAAAGAAGUGAAAGUUGCUCUUCAGAAAAAGGCUGCUUACGAAGAUUCUGCUUUCUUGGAUUUGGCUCAUGCCAAUAAUGUAGACGUGAUAAUAAUUCCUGGAGGAUGCACAAGCAAAAUUCAGACUUUAGAUGUCUCCUUAAAUAAACCAUUUAAAGCAGUAGUUAGGGAAAAGUGGAACGAAUACGUUCACUCUGUUGUUGAUGCCAGUGCCAAUCCAACACCACAGCACAAACUAAAAACAGCUGACAAAUCCAAAAUCGUUUGCUGGCUCAAAGAUAGGUUGGUUUAUCUCCAAGAAGACAAGACUGUUGUUAAGAAGUCCUUGUUUUGUGGAAUUACUAAUGAUCUACUUGGAAGUAAAAACCACUUCAUAAGAUGUGCUAAAGAGCUAGCUGAACUCCAAUUACCAUAUUUCCAAGAAGAUGAUGACAACCCAUUUUUAGACAACACUAGUGAUGAAGAAGAGAGUAAUGAAGAGGUAGAAGAAAGUGAGGAUGAAGAUGAUGAUGGAGACGAUGAAGUCAUGCAACAGUGA